GUCCAGGGCGCUAAAAUAACGCGUCAACACAGAGCCGUAGUGCGGCGCCUUCACUGUGUCUGAACGAACUCGGAGCUGGCGAUGCCUGGAUUUGAUUUUCCAGCUAUUUUUAUUGUUUAAUCUGUGAAUGGCGCCUAAACAGGACCCUAAACCUAAAUUUCAAGAAGGUGAACGAGUGCUGUGUUUUCAUGGGCCAUUGCUAUACGAAGCUAAGUGUGUAAAAAUCAAUAUCAAGGACAAGCAAGUGAAAUACUUCAUUCAUUAUAGUGGAUGGAACAAGAACUGGGACGAAUGGGUUCCUGAAAGCCGUGUACUCAAAUAUGUGGACAGUAAUCUGCAGAAACAGAAAGAGCUUCAGAAGGCAAAUCAAGACCAUUAUGUUGAGGGAAGGAUGAGGGGAGUCGCACCAAGCAAGAAAAUAGCUGCUGUGCAGCAAAAAAACGUUGAUGUGAAAACAAAAAAGAACAAACAAAAGACACCAGGGGCUGGGGAGGGGACCAGUACAGGAGAAAUGCCUCAUCCCCCACGCAAGAAGAGGGCACGUGUCGACCCAACUGUUGAGAGUGAAGAGACCUUUAUCAAUCGGGUGGAAGUAAAGGUGAAGAUUCCUGAGGAGUUAAAACCAUGGCUUGUAGAUGACUGGGACCUGAUCACCAGACAGAAGCAGCUUUUCCACCUGCCUGCCAAAAAGAAUGUUGACGUUGUCCUGGAGGACUAUGCAAAUUACAAGAAAUCAAGAGGGACCUCUGAUAACAAGGAGUAUGCUGUGAAUGAAGUGGUUGCUGGCAUCCGCGAGUACUUCAACGUUAUGCUGGGAACACAGCUCCUCUACAAGUUUGAGAGACCACAGUAUGCCGAGAUCCUGGCAAACCAUCCAGACACUUCAAUGUCUCAGAUCUAUGGGGCACCACACCUGCUGAGGCUUUUUGUGAGAAUUGGAGCCAUGCUGGCAUACACACCGCUGGAUGAAAAGAGCCUCGCUCUGCUUCUUAGCUACCUUCAAGAUUUCUUGAAGUACUUGGCAAAGAAUUCGUCGUCUCUUUUCAACGCCAGUGACUAUGAGGUAGCACCACCAGAGUACCACCGCAAGGCCGUGUGAACGUAAAGCCAGUGAGGAUCUGUGUUGCUGGGUUUUCAUUGCUGAGUAUUUUUCAUUUUCUUUUUUUAAUCCCAGUUAAGGGAGACCCAAAAACUUCAGGAUGACCCUGUAUAGAUUUGGCUGAUAGUCCACUGUACUGAACAGGUACUGCGUGUCAUUGGAAAGUGCACAUAACUGUCCGUAUAUGGUUGGAGUAUAUUUUGCUUCAAAUAAAACUGAUAAACAGAAACUUUGAUAAAGGUGAACCAUCAACCACAACUUUUUUUUCUUUUUUGUUUUGUAUGUUUGUUAAUAAAUUGUCCUUUUCAAAUAUGAA